AUGGCAUCCAUAGCAGCGUCCUUGGCGCAAGCUCUCCCGAAACCGAGAUACACCGGCGAAGAUGAAGAACUUCCUGCUCAUGCUCAGCAGCGCGGCCCCAGAAUCGUUGGCCCAGGACAGAUAGACGAGUCGCAAAUUGUUUUAAGAAGGUCCGGACCCCCAGCAUACGGGCAGAGGACAGGAUGGCGACCCAGAGAACAAGAAGACUUUGGCGAUGGAGGAGCGUUUCCUGAGAUUCCCGUCGCCCAGUAUCCUUUGGGCAUGGGCCAGAAGGGCUCAUCGACAAGCAAUGCUCUUGCCAUUCAGGUCAAUGCCGACGGCAAGGUCAAAUACGAUGCUAUCGCGAAGCAGGGACACCGUGAAAACAGAAUUGUACAUUCCUCCUUCAAGGACUUGAUUCCGCUGCGACAACGCGCCGAUGCGGGUGAGAUCAAUCUGGCCAAGCCAACCGAGGAGGAGAUUGCAGAAACCAAGAAUCGCACACAACAGGCUCUGGAGAAGCUGAUCAGCGGUGCCGUCGCAUCGCAAAAGCCAAAGAAUGUCAACGCCGGCGGCAAGCGAGAAGCCACUUUUGUUAAAUACACCCCCGCAAACCAGAUGGGAGACAAUUCAAAGAAGCAGGACCGCAUCAUGAAGAUCAUCGAGAGACAGCGCGACCCUAUGGAGCCCCCAAAGUUCAAGCACAAGAAGAUCCCCAGAGGACCGCCUAGUCCACCUCCGCCCAUCAUGCGUUCUCCCCCAAGGAAGUUGACCGCCCAGGAUCAAGAAGACUGGAAGAUCCCUCCGCCCAUCAGUAAUUGGAAGAACCCCAAGGGUUUCACUGUCCCACUCGACAAGAGACUGGCUGCAGACGGCCGAGGUCUUCAAGAUGUCGCCAUCAACGACAAGUUUGCGCAGGUGUCCGAGGCACUCUACAUGGCGGAUCGACAUGCUCGCGAGGAGGUCAGACAGAGAGCUGUCAUGCAGCAACGCCUCGCAGAGAAGGAGAAAUCUCAAAAGGAAGAGAACCUCCGCAUGCUCGCCCAGCAAGCUCGACAAGACCGUGCUGCGGCGGGCAGGCGGCGAGAUUCAAGCGGGUCACGCGACUCUCGGGACUCGCGGUCCCGGUCUCGCAGUUACAGCUAUUCAGACUCAGGUUCUGAUAGCGAAGACUCCGAGAUUCGUGCAAGAGAAAAAGCGCGACGGGAGAGGCAAAAGGAGGAAGAGCGUAAACUGCGGCAGUCCCGUAUGGGUACCGAGAGGAGGAUUCAAGUCAUGGCACGUGAACAGAAUCGUGACAUAUCUGAAAAGAUUGCUCUUGGCUUAGCCAAGCCUACGCAGCAAGCCGAAACUAUGUACGACUCCCGUCUGUUCAACCAAUCGAGUGGUUUCGACAGCGGCAUCAAUGAGGACAACCCCUACGACAAGCCGCUAUUCGCAGCACAAGAUGCCAUCAGCAGUAUCUACCGUCCCCGUCAGAAUGACGAGGAUUACGAAGAUGAAGCCGCCGGCGAUCGGGAAAUGGCCAAAAUUCAGAAGUCCGCCCGCUACGGAGAGGUUCUCGGCAAAGGCACCUUCAAGGGGUCUGCUGACGCAGAGGCUCGUGACGGUCCUGUACAGUUCGAAAAGGACGGCGGUAAUGAUCCCUUCAACGUGGACAAAUUCUUGGAGCAAGUCGACCAAAGCUCAUCAUCCAAGAGGGGCUACGGUCUUCAGGAAGAAGACUCGAGGCAGUCCAAACGUGCCAGGAUGGACGAGGACGAGGACGAGGACGACGCCUAG